CAUCUAGCAACGUCCGUCCACCUCGAUCCCGCGUGACGUCCUCCCCUUGUACCAGUCAAUUGAGCGCACAAUGGCUGCAAGAGUGCUGCUUUCACGGCGCUCCCUCGCGCCGUUGGCGACGCUUGCCCUCGGUGGCAUGGCGCUGACUCCGGCUACCGUCUUCGCUGAAGGUCCCAGCAACGGCUUCAAGCGCAAGCCCAUCUACGACGACCUCGACGUUCCCUCCUCAAAUCCCGCACCCGCGACUCCUCCUCCCGCCGCCCAUCAGCCCACCGAACCCGCCGAGCAUGAGCAGAGGCCCAAGGGCCCUUCGCCCACCGACCGGCUAGCCGUCGAGAUUGGAAAGGUGCGCAUGGUCGUUUACCAGUACGCCGUGGCCGCCGAGAACAAGGUCAACCAGACCAUGGACUCUGCCUUCAACCUCGAGCAGUCCUUCACCAGCACCAUCGCCUCCCUGGCCCCAUCCCGAGAGAGCGGCGAGCAGCUCAUGCCCGGCGCCAUCUACGUCCUCGUCGCUGCCAUGGCCGGCAGCAUCAUCACCCGGAACCGCAGCAUCGUCCUGCGCGCCACCCUGCCGCUCGCCCUUGGUAUCGGCGCCGGCUGGGCCGUUAUUCCCAUCACCAUGCGCAACGUCUCCGACCUGACCUGGACGUACGAGCAGCGGUUCCCUGUCAUCGCCGAGUCGCACAUUAGGUUUCGUGAGAGCAUUCUGAAGAGUGUUAGCUUCGCCAAGGUGCAUACCGCGCUGGGAGCACGAUACGUCGACGAGAAGGUGACGGAUGCACGAGAGACCGUCGAGGGCUGGGUCCACAAGGGCAAAUAGAGAGAGGUAUGAAAAGCCAAGUUGUACCAUCACAUAGAGAAUUCGGAACAUGUUCAUUUGUAUCACAACGGGACCUCCCAGUGCGAGUUGUCGACCCGAGUCAUCUAGAUCUAGGUUUGAGAAGAGAAAGACGCGCUGAUUUGAC